AUGGCCGGCUCAUAUCAUAUCAAGCAGCAAGAAACACGAGCGUCCUCGUGCAAAUUAGACAUAAUCAUCGCCGGCGCCGGCAUAGCGGGCCUAGGCGCAGCCAUCAGCAGCCUGCUCGCCGGCCACAACGUGCACAUCCUCGAGGCUACCUCCGAGAUCAAACAUGUCGGCGCCGGCAUCCAGGUACUGCCCAACGGCUCGCGAGUCCUGAAACACUGGGGCCUGGAGGAGCGACUCAGCAAGCACUGGGCUGUAGCAAAUGCCUACCGCGUCUUUGGCUGGAAGGGGAACCUGAUCACGAGCAUGAACGUGGAAGAAACAGCAAGCGCGUACCCGAAUACGUGGUUCCGAGCCUUCUACCGACCCUAUCUGCAGCGGACGUUGCUGGAUCGGAUCGCCGAGCUGGGAGGGGAGAUCACUUGUAAUGCGAAGAUAGUGGAUGUCGCGUUCGAUGGGGCUGAGGGGGGGACGGCCACGAUCACCACAGAAGAUGGUCGACGGUGGACGGCCGACCUGUUCGUCGGGGCGGAUGGUAUUUUUGGGAACUUGGCCAACCAGGUGCUGGAGCAUCCGACGCCACCGACCAAGACGGGGGAUCUGGCCUACCGAGUGAUGCUGGCGUCGCCGGAUAUUGUGAAGGAUCCCGAGCUGGCGGAGUUUGUCACGCACCCGAAUAUGAAUUUUUGGUAUGGGCCGGAGAAGCACGUGGUGGCCUAUCCUCUGAGCAAGGAGCUCUUCAACAUCGUCCUUCUUACUCCUGAUGAUAUCCCGGAGGAUUCGAAGGCGAGUACCGUGGCGGGGAAUGUGGAGGAAAUGCGCUCGCUAUUUAAAGACUGGGAUCCUCGUAUUGCGAAGCUGCUUAGAUUGUGCAAAUUAGUUCACAAGUGGCGACUAUGUACCCGGUUCAACACUGGAGGCUGGUCACAUCCAUCCGGAGCUGGCGUGAUGAUCGGGGACAGCGUCCACGCGACCCUUCCUUAUCUUGCAGCAGGUGCAGGCAUGGCCCUCGAAGAUGGUGCAGUCUUGGGUGAAUGCCUCUCUCGUCUCCCAAAUGAUGCACACAUCACCAAGUCAUCGCGCGAGUAUCUCCUCGCCAAGCGACAAGCCCUUGCGGUGUUUGAGAAGUGUCGCAAACGGCGAACAUUGAUGGUUGUUACUCGAUCGAACGAGCAAAAAGACCUCGAGCAUCUGCCCGAUGGUCCGGAGCAAGAGUUGCGUGACAGAGCGAUGCAAAUGGUUCCGACACCGCCAGGGGAAGCAUUGGUGUGGCGAGAUCCGGCCAUUGCACCGGAACUAUUUGGCUGGGAUCAUGUAGUAGAGGUGAGAGCUCGAUACUGGUCAUUGGGUGUGAGUGAGACCGUGUGUAGAACAAGAACCUGA